CAAUCAGGAUAAAGGAACAAUCGUUUCUUUCUCCUGAUUGGUCGAUCGAACGCUACUCUACUCUUGUCAAGAAAGGACAGAUCGAUGACAGUUCACUGGCUGAUCGCAUCGAAUGUUUACGUUCUUUCUAUAACCUUUCUUGAUGUUUGCGAGGAGUCCCAUCCUCGAUGACAUCUAAGGAAUUUUCAACCGUAAACAACGUUCAAUGUGAAAUAAAAAGUAAGAAAAAAUUAUGAUAAACAAACAUUUAUCACGAAGGAGAAACAGUCGUUAUGUAACAUUUGGAAGUUGAACGUGCAACUGAAAUCUUCUGGAAGUGGAUUGUGGAGGUGCCAGUAAUGAUGCAAAAUGUUGCCCUUCUCGAUUCUAUCACGCUACAUCACUAAAAGAUGGUUCAAAGUACAGACGACAACCAGAAGAAACGUCCAGUCCGCCAAAGAUACGAUCUUACAUGGUAGUGUCAUUGUUAUCAGCUCCAUCCUUGUAAUUUGGUUGUCCAUAUUUCUUUAUACGGCCUUUUACUAUGCCUACAUGCCAAGCAUGUCAUACGUGCGACCUGUAAAUAUGAAUUUCAAAUCAUGCGAUGAAGAGAAAGGAGUAUGCAGUUUCCCUCAAGCUUCUGUACAGUUGACCAAGAAGCAGCAACUUUUGAUGAUCGGUCAGCCGUAUAAAGUGAAUCUACAUCUGGAAAUGCCAGAAUCACCAGCCAACAAAGAGCUUGGUAUGUUUAUGGUCUGCGUCGAAUUGCGAAGUCGCAAUGGAUUCCUUGUAGAUCAUACAUGUAGAUCAGCAAUGUUACAUUAUCGUAGUACAUUAUUACACAUGCUUACAACUCUUACAUUUUCUCCGAUGAUGAUUUUUGGAAAUGUCGAAGAAAAACAGGAUGUUAUUCUCGAAUUGUUCAGCAACUUUGAAGAGGAUCAGAACCAUCCAGUGACAAUGAUUUUUAUUGAAAUUCAAUCGAGACAUAUUGAAUUUUACUCUGCUAAUCUCGUGAUAAGUGCUCACUUAUUAGGAAUACGUUACUGGAUGUUUUAUUGGCCAUUUUUAUCAGCCUGUGUUGGCAUUGGUUCAAUUUUGUUUUUCAUAACAUUUCUGUGCACAUUGUCAUAUUUACAUUUUACAAAUGAAACGGAAAACACGGAUGAAAAUAAUGAAAAAAAUGACCUCAAAGAAGAUAGUGAUAUUAAGUCUGAUAAUGAUUAUCUCAAAGAAGAAGAGAAAGGUAUCCAAGAAGAGAAAGGUACCAAAGAAGAAAAGUCUUUUAUGGAAAGUUAUAUUCAGGAAUUUUCUACAUCAAGUAGUAAUAGUGAUUAUGAAAACUAUAAUUAAUAUUUUAUGUAAAGGCAAUAUUUAGUUAUUUGUCAAGAAAUAUUUGUCAAGAAA